CUUCCGCCAUUCCAGCCUGUAGCCGUGACCCGCUCCCUUUCGGUUGUCAGGCUGCUGUCACACAGCCACCAUGUUAUCCCAUUCCCGGUGUUUGUCCAGGAAUAUUGGUCGCUCCCUGUCUGCCAUCCGCCAGGGAAAUAAUGCGUUGACUCGCCGUGCUGCAGCAGCUAUAUCAACUAGCUACCCUGUCACCGUCAAGAACACUAUCAAAUCUGAUCCUCGCGCUAGUGUCUUCCAAAUACAGUACUUCAGGACUUCUGUUGCCUUCAGAGAUGAAGUCGUCACCAUCAAGACCCCUGCCUUUGCAGAGUCUGUUACAGAGGGGGAUGUGAGGUGGGAAAAAGCCGUUGGGGACACUGUCUCGGAGGAUGAGGUGGUGUGUGAAAUAGAAACUGAUAAGACAUCUGUUCAGGUUCCUUCACCUGCUUCUGGAGUUAUUGAGGAGCUUUUGGUUCCUGAUGGAGGGAAAGUUGAAGGUGGAACUCCUCUCUUCAAGCUUCGAAAGGGAGCUGGGGCUCCUAAAGCUGCGGAAGCACCAAAAGCUGAGGCCACAGCCCCGGCUGCUGCAGCUCCUCCACCACCUUCUGCUCCCCCACCUCCUCCAUCAACCGCGGGCCCCAUUCCCUCCACAAUGCCCCCUGUGCCACCGGUGCCAGCACACGCUAUGGAUACCAAACCAGUCUCAGCCAUCAAGCCCACUGCUGCUCCCAUUACAAUUGCAGCUCCUGCAGAUGGAGGCGCAAAAGCAGCCCGCACAGAGAGCAGGGUUAAGAUGAACCGCAUGAGACUGAGAAUUGCCCAGAGACUGAAAGAAGCCCAAAACACCUGCGCCAUGUUGACUACCUUCAAUGAGAUUGACAUGAGCAACAUCUCAGAGAUGAGGAAGACUUACAAAGAUGCCUUCCUGAAAAAGCACAACAUCAAGUUGGGCUUCAUGUCUGCAUUCGUGAAGGCUGCUGCCUAUGCUCUGACUGACCAACCUGCUGUCAAUGCAGUAAUUGAUGACACAACCAAAGAGAUUGUGUACAGGGACUAUGUAGACAUCAGUGUGGCUGUGGCCACUCCCAAGGGUUUGGUCGUUCCAGUGAUCAGGAAUGUCGAGGAAAUGAAUUUUGCCGACAUUGAGAAGACCAUCAACAUGCUGGGUGAAAAGGCCCGCAACAAUGAGCUGGCCGUUGAAGACAUGGACGGAGGAACCUUCACCAUCAGCAAUGGCGGCGUGUUUGGGUCCAUGUUCGGCACUCCCAUCAUCAACCCACCUCAGUCUGCUAUUUUGGGCAUGCAUGGCAUCUUUGACAGACCUGUGGCGGUGGCUGGGAAGGUGGAGAUCCGUCCAAUGAUGUACGUCGCACUGACAUACGAUCAUCGCCUCGUUGAUGGAAGAGAGGCUGUCACCUUCCUGCGCAAGAUCAAGAGUGUGGUGGAGGACCCCAGGGUGCUACUCCUCGACAUGUGAGCCCCCUCAGCUCCAGGCCCAACCAACCAAACCACCCUCUCACAACCAGUGGCUGUACCCACCUACUGAACAUUACUCAAAACUAUAAGACAUGGGUUUAUUUUAUUAUGUUUUCUGCUAAAGAGUUGGGUUGUGCAAUAUAAGAUUGGCUGUGGUAAAAGGGUUCGGUACUGUCUGAGGCUGUCCCAGGUUCUGGUCUUGAGAUCAUAUAGUAUAUUCAAGCAAAUGUGCACGAUGAGUAAUUUUCUACAGACAAAAAUGUACAGCUUACUGUGGGAUGUCAAUUCUAGAUUAAACAUCAUGGUGGCACUUCUUAAUUUGGGGGGAAACAACGAGAAUGCGUUGAAACCAAGAAAAAUAUGUCCAAACCUAAGAACUCUUAAUGAGAAAUAAAAACAAUGUGGGAAAAUUCUCUUUAUGUUAUGCUAUUUAAGAAAAAAAAACUUUGAAACAAUAAAAUCUACAUUACUGGA